UUGUCAAAAUGGCGCUGCUAGCGGUGGGAGGCUGGAGUUAGUCCGUCUUCUUCAUCUCUCCACUCCUCGGGAAAACCCCCGGACAUUUAUCCGCGGGCAAGCAUGGCAACCCUGGACCAGAAGUCCCCCAACGUGCUCCUCCAGAGCCUGUGCUGCAGGAUCACGGGGAAAAGCGAAGUUGACGUUGCCCACCAGUUCCAGUAUGCAGUGCGAGUCAUUGGCAGCAACUAUGCCCCAACCAUUGAAAGAGACGAGUUCCUGGUGUCGGAGAAGAUCAAGAAAGAGUUGCUGAAGCAGAGAAGGGAGGCGGACGCCGCUCUCUUCUCAGAGCUGCACAGAAAACUUCAGACACAGGGAGUUUUGAAGCAUCGGUGGUCGGUCCUCUACCUGCUGCUCAGUCUUUGCGAUGAUCCCCGCAAGCCUUCCACCAGGAUGGGAAACUACGGCGCGCUGUUCGCCCAGGCCCUCCCGAGAGACUCCCACUCCACCCCGUUCUACUGCACCCGCCCCCAGAGCCUGGCCCUCAGCUACGGCGAGCGGGGCCUCUCCGCCAGCGUGGGCACCAGCGGGAUUUCCAGCCUGGGCGUGUACACGCUGAACGGGCCCACGCCGACGCCGCAGUCCCUGCUGGCCGGUCAACCUCCCCAGGCCGCGGCCGCCGGCGCCCAGGCCCUGGGUUCACGGUUAGCCUGGGCUCUUCCCGUGAACUCUUCCCCUUCCUCGGCCAUGGCGCCGCCCGCCUCCCGCCCGCCGCUCGGACCUCCAGCCCUCUCGUCCCGAGCGAGCCGACCGCACCGCGACGGCGACGCCACUGGCGAGGUCACCGAGGCCGCUCUGGUGCGAGACAUCCUCUACGUCUUCCAGGGCAUCGACGGCAAGUUCAUCAAGAUGAACGCCCAGGACAACUGCUACAAAAUAGACGGCAAGGCGGUGCUGUGCAAGUCCCUGAGGGACACCAGCGGCCGACUGGCCGAACUCGGCUGGCUCCACAACAAAGUCAGGAAGUACACAGACGCCAGGAGCCUGGACCGGGCCUUCGGAUUGGUCGGACAGGGUUUCUGUGCGGCGCUCCACCAGGAGCUGAAGGAGUACUACAGGCUCCUCUCCGUCCUCCACUCUCAGCUGCAGGUGGAGGACGACCAGGGCGUGACCGUUUGCACGGAGAGCAGCCUGACUCUCAGGAGGCUGCUGGUGUGGAUGUACGACCCCAAAGUGCGACUCAAAACGCUGGCGGCCCUCGUCGACUUCUGCCAAGGUCGAAAGGGAGGCGAGCUGGCCUCGGCCGUUCACGCUUACGGGAAAACGGGAGACCCUCAGAUGCGAGCGCUGGUUCAGCACAUCCUCAGCCUGGUGUCGCACCCCAUCCUCAACUUCCUGUACAGGUGGAUCUACGACGGGGAGCUGGAAGACACCUACCAUGAGUUUUUCGUGGCGUCGGAUCCGAACGUGAAGACGGACCGCCUGUGGCACGACAAGUACUCCCUCAGGAAGUCCAUGAUCCCCUCCUUCAUCACCAUGGACCAGGCCCGCAAGGUGCUGCUCAUCGGGAAAUCCAUUAACUUCCUGCAUCAGGUUUGCCACGACCGCACGCCGCCGGGGAAAAUCACGCCAGCUUCCAAAUCCACAGACACGCCUAAAGACGCCGCGGAGCUGCUGUCGGACCUGGAGGGGGCGUUCCAGGAGAAGAUCGACGCGGCGUACUUCGACACCAGCAAGUACCUGCUGGACGUCCUCAACCACAACUACCUGCUGCUGGAGCACCUGCAGGCCAUGAGGCGGUACCUGCUGCUGGGCCAGGGAGACUUCAUCAGGCACCUCAUGGACCUGCUCAAACCCGAGCUGGCCCGCGCCGCCACCACGCUCUACCAGCACAACCUGACCGGCAUCCUGGAGACGGCGGUCAGAGCCACCAACGCCCAGUUCGAUCACGCGGAGAUCCUCAAGAGGCUGGACGUCCGCCUGCUGGAGGUGUCUCCUGGAGACACGGGCUGGGAUGUGUUCAGUCUGGACUACCACGUCGACGGGCCGAUUGCCACGGUGUUCACGAGGGAGUGCAUGAGCCACUACCUGCGCGUGUUCAACUUCCUGUGGCGGGCCAAAAGGAUGGAGUACACGCUGACGGACAUCUGGAAGGGACAGAUGUGCAACGCCAAGCUGCUCAAAACCAUGCCUGAGCUGUCUGGCGUGCUGCAUCAGUGCCACAUCCUGGCCUCCGAGAUGGUCCACUUCAUCCACCAGAUGCAGUACUACAUCACGUUCGAGGUGCUGGAAUGCUCCUGGGACGAGCUGUGGAACAAAGUGCAGCAGGCUCAGGACCUGGACCACAUCAUCGCCGCCCACGAAGUCUUCCUGGACACAAUCAUUUCAAGAUGCCUGCUGGACAAUAACAGCAGGUCUCUCCUGAACCAGCUGAGGGCCAUAUUCGAGCAGAUCAUCGAGUUCCAGAGCGCCCAGGACUCGCUGUACCGCUCGGCGCUGGAGGAGCUCGCCCUGCGUCUGCAGUACGAGGAGAAGAAGCAGCAGCGCGAGGAGGAGGGCGAGUGGGGAGUGACGGCCGAGCAGGAAGCCGAGGAGAAGCGGAGGAUCCAGGAGUUCCAGGAGACCGUACCAAAGAUGCGCUCGCAGCUCCGCAUCCUCACCCACUUCUACCAGAGCAUCGUCCAGCAGUUCCUGGUGCUGCUGAUGACCAGCUCGGACGAGAGCCUGCGCUUCCUCAGCUUCCGGCUGGACUUCAACGAGCACUACAGGGCCAGAGAGCCGAGGCUGCGGGCCUCGCUGGGCGCCGCGCGCGGCCGGCGACCGUCCAACAUCUGACGCGGCCGCGGCGCCGUGCCGACCAGCUCCGCCUGGCGCCGUGGGGAAACGCACGAGGCGCCGCAUCGCACCAGGCCCCGCGGCGGACUUUAAAACGCUUCCCGGCAGGACGACGCUUUUUUUUUUUUUUUUUUUUUUUUUGGGGAGGCGAGCGAGCGAUCCGGCCGUGUGAAAGCGGCAGACUCUCAAGCGCUCAAGCGAGAUCCGCCAAAACACCAUGGGAGACGCCGGGCGGAAACGCUUGCAUCCGAGAGCGAGGAAGGGGCGGGUGGGUGACGAACGAAUGCCGCCGUCCGACCGAGCUCCCCCCGAGUCACGCCGGGCCACCGCUCAUGGCAUGCCUUAUUCACGAGGAGAAGCAAGACCUUUCUUCCUUCUUUUUUUUCCUUUCUUCCUUUCUUUCUUUCCUCAGUCCCAACACACAAUAUCUGUACAUACGGUUUAUGCAAACAUGUACGUGUGUGUGUAAUACGUCAGCAGCUCCCCGUCGCCGCCGCCGGAGCUCCGCUGAUGCGAGUCCGAGUUUUCUUUUUUUUUUUUUUUUUUAAGAAUUGAAAUCAGAAAACGUGACUUUUCUCGCACGGACAUAAUGAGGCGCCGGGAGAUAUUGAUCAUUAAUGAUCAGCGUCGGCAGAUCGGUACAUCAGUGGAACUCCCAGUUCUUAAAAAUCCAGGGUAUUUUUGGUGGGAAUCCAGUCAUACAGACACAACUCUGCUGUGUUUUCCUCCCAGUAUUAACCCCCUCCCUCCCAGUUUGUAGUUAGUUUGAAGUCUGGCACUUUUUAUUUCUGUAAGAGACAGAUUAAUUUUUUUUUUUUUUACAUGAAUCUAUUGGAACGUGAUAAAGAAGAGAGUAUAGCUGCGUAUUUAAGUGAGGAUUUUUUGACUAUCAUUAACUUGAUAUUGACUGAUGGGAUAUUUCAUCCUGACAUGAACCUCAGAGCGUCGAUCUAUUUAAAAAAAAUAAAAAUAAAAAUGAUCCCCUUUUAGCCCAGUUCUGCCUGUAAAGUUCCGAUAAUCACCAGAAUCAGAACUGCUGAGUCUCACAACUCUUUUGCUGGAUUCCUUUGCGGGUUCCGGAAGCAAUCUCAGUUCGCCAUACAAUCAUUUCCACUUGAAAUCAGAUUGAUUAAAACUUGUGCGUUUGUAAAAAUCGAUCUACUAAUACAGACAAAACUUGAGACUCCUCAUAAAUCCGCCCACAGUUUGUCUCUAAAAUGAUGCUUUUCCCCUGGAAGUGACGUGACGGCGAAUACGUUUUUUGUUUACGUGUGCAGAUACACAGAAUAUUUCAGGGUUUUGUGUGUUUUUGUUUUUGUUUUUUUGUUUUUUUGCAGCAUGCACCCUUGAGUUUAAUCCCGGAGUGUGUGUGCGUGCGUGCUGUGAUAUUUUGACUUUUAAUUUGUGUUGUCGGUGAAACAAACUGGUGCUGCAUCUGGUCUCCAGACCGCGUUACUGCUUUCCGGCAAGGACGUUCCUCACACACACACACACACACACACACACACACACACGAGCAUAAACAGGUGAAUCCGACAGUUUGAACUCGUCUCUUUCUGUCUGUAUAUCCUCAACCUUGUAUAGCACAUAAUGUAUAGAGAAUAGGGAUACAAACCGUCCCGCGUCUUCUUUAAUAAAGUGUUCUUUUCUAAUCGAGUGUG